AGUUACGAGAUUGGCUCUGGGAAUUCCCCAGGAAAACACCUACGCAGCCGCACGGCCUUUUCUGGAUAAACUGGUCAACAGCUAGCGGCUCACAAGGUGAGCAAUUUGUAGUUUUAUAAUGCUUCGGACAUGGGGGGAAUCUGAGGCUUGUGCGACAGCGCUUGCCGCUGUUGUUUGGGAAUUUGUCAAGAAAGAGCUCGUUUUGUUCCCCUAAAAACCGUCAACAACCGCCAGACGCAGUCCAUCUGGAUAGAAGCGAAAACGGCGCAACAGAUAGUUGUUUGUCAGGAAAGGCAGUUUCUCUCGUUACAGUUGACAUCGUUUAAACGACGCAUUCAUAUAUAAAUGGAGGGGACGCAAGAUAUUCACGGUGAAUCCCGGAGACAGAAUGCACGGCCUGGACCGAGCUACUCUGUGGAGAAAAGGGGCGCCGUGGAUUCUAUCACGGAGGAUUGGUGUGACAGCGGGCUAGACUCCUUAAGCGGGGUCGGACUCGGUUUUGAGGAUCCCUACGGUACGUACACCGAGGCCGAACAGAUGUGGACACCUGGUCAGCCUGUGUCUGACAUACCUGACAUCCCUCCGUCGGACGAGCCCGACAACAGGAAUACCGGGGAUUGUGUGUCGAUUGGCGGCGGAGAGAGGCUCGACUCAGCCAUAGGGGACUCGAUUAAUGAGGAUGCGGUGGUGGCGUGCCUCUCCGACGGGAUCGGCACCAUGAUCCUGGGCGAGCCUGCAGGUACAGAGAGACCGGAGGUUUCAAACACCGAGGACGGUCGGCGGCGAAGGGAAGAGCUCUUCAACACGCUCAACUUUCUGUCAGAGGACGGGGACACGGUACUUCAUUUGGCGCUAAUUCAUGAACAGUGGGGUGUUGUUCAGUGCCUGCUCGAAAACAUUGUGGCGGACAACACCUGGAUUCCCAUCCUGGACAUCCAAAAUGACCUGGGUCAGACUGCUCUACAUUUAGCAGUCAUAGUAGACCGGAGUGAGUGUGUUCGGGCACUGUUGUGGAGUGGAGCCAGUGCGGAGAUCCAAGAGAGGGGUGGAAACACACCUUUACACCUGGCUGUCAGAGAGCUUCGCACAGUGUGUGUGAGAGAGCUGACCAGCUGCUCACGGACCCCCCCGGUGCACCUGAACAUCACCAAUUAUGCAGGUGUGAGUGCGCUGCACCUGGCUGUACAUAGGGGCAAUUGCGAGAUCAUCAAAAUGCUGUUGGAAGCAGGAGCAGAUGUAAAUCAACGGGAUUUGGGGUCAGGUCGGUCUCCAUUGCACUGGGCUGUGGAAAGUCAGAGGUCAGAGGUAGUGGAGUUAUUAUUGAGCGCCGGUGCAUUGGUGAAUCAGCGCUCGUAUGCAGGCCACACCCCGUUCUACUGUGCCCUUUACCGACCCAACAAAGAGGUGCAAGCCCUGCUUAGUGCCCAUGGGGCCACAUACACACAGGACGAUGAGGAAGAAGAGGAGUACCAAGAGAGUGAGGAGGAGGAGUUUGACGAUGUCAUCAUAAAUGGACAGCGAGUGCUGUAGCUGCGAAACACGGACACUACUCUGCCAUUCGACCUUUGGAACAGCUGAGCGACUGUGGUGUCUGAUUGUAUUUGGUGGAGGCUAUUACGUGUGGCUGUGUGUGUAUUUUGUUUUAAGGUACAGUAUGAUGUCAGUACGCUGGUUUUAGUUCAGGCCGACGGGAGUGCAUAGCUAGAUUCUGUUAGCCUUUGAGGAUCUAAGUUAUUUAAGCCUGACAUCACGCAAAGCCUUUUAAAGCUAUUACAAUGGAGGCAGCUUUUAAUUUAGUAAAACCUCUUAUUGGCUCAUCUCAUGUACAUUAUAAUAUAGGGAUAGUGCACCUAAAGAUGAAUAUGCUGUCGAACCCUUAUGGUGGUACAAGGCUGUAUGACUUUUUCUUCUGAGGAAUAAAAAGAACAUGUCUUAAAAAAUGAUGGAAAAAAGUGUUUUAUGUGCACACAUUAAAAUUAGCGGAGUCCAAUGUUGUUUAGGCAACAUAUCCUAUAUAAAAGAAGGAUCAUAUCUCAUAUCAUACCUUUAGGUAAAAUGUCUUCCACAGAAGAAACAAAGUCAUUUAGUUUUGGAAUGGCAUAAGGGUGAGUAAAUUAUUUUAAUUUUGGGUGUGUUAUCUCUUUAAGAACCAAAUUCCCUAAAAGAUACCAAACAACUUUUACAUUGCUUGUCCCACCAGUGAGUAGAUUUAUUGUUCCCACAAUAGUUUUCUUUGUUUUUAAAUUAUUAGCCAGAUUUAGUUGAAGAAAAUUUUUUUUUUUUGGAAUGGUUUUUCAUAAACUUGCUUAUUUACUAUUACUGCUAUAUCAACUAUUGGUUGUUUGAGUAUAGUGUCACAAUUUUCAUGGUGACCUCUUAAGUUUUUUUUUUUUUUUCUCUCUUUUUACAGUAGAUGUUUUCCUUUUCCUAUAAUGGGUCUUGGGGUGAAUAUAAGAUGGAUAUACAGAUAAAGUAGCUAAAAAGCAUUACAGGAAAUUACAGACAGUACAGAAUUCUACCAUACAAAUGGCAACUCUAACCUCUGAAUUGGAUGCAAAGAAAUUGACAUGAAAUUUCAUACUUUACUCUCAACAAGCUGUUUACGGUCACAUCAGCAUAUGAUUUGAGCUGUGAAACAUCUAACAAACAUUCCGAGUUAUAUUAAACACGACAACACAACACUUUUUUGUCUUAUUAAAACAUUUAAAAAUUAAUUUAAAUGUAUUAUAAUAUAAACUUAUAUGUAAGUUAUAAUAGAAAACGGAUCUGAUUCUGUCUGUUUUGUUUUCAGUUGUUAUGAAAGUGAAGAUUGAUCUCUAUUCACUCAUGUGGGGGCAUUAUGGUUGUGGACAUUUACAAUCACUUAUUUAUAGGCUCAAUUCAACUUUUCUGUUCGUUGGGGUGAACGAGAAUAUUUUUCGCUGAUAAUGAUCAUUGGUUCCCUCUGAUGUUAAUAUAAAGGCUCCUGUUCUACUUGCUCUUGUCCUCUGUGAGUUGACUGUGUACUGCUGAGCAGAGUUGUCCUGUUUUAAAUGACAAGGUUUAUGGUUAUUCAGCAUUUGAGAAUAUAUCAUUAGUUUAAGGAAACAAAGCUUCAGUAACAGCUAGCAGUAGGGUAAGAUAACGAAAGAGGAAGGAGCAACAUUUAGGUAUUAAUUAAACAAGUGUAGUCACGUCUUAAAAGAGGUACAUUUAAUUGUUGGGGAAGCCGGAUUUGCAGUUGAAUGUUUCUAAUCCAUGUAGGAAGAAACUGUAACAGAUUGUUCCUCUCAUCUGUACAUAUUUCUGUUUUUGUUGGUGAUGGGUGAAAUGACUGAAAUGUUCUAAGAAACCAUUCAAGUGAACAAUAAACAAUAAUGACAAGAA